AUGGAGGUGUUCGAAGGAGCGUCGAGGCCACAACACCCCUCGGCGGGACAGCCCUGGCAGUGUCCCCCCGUUCCUGGGCAUUCCCGUGCUGGACUGCAAAGAGGGGUUGCGAGUCUGUGUGUGCGAGAGUUGUGUGUGUCUGUCUGUGUGCGUGAGCGUGUGUGCGGGCGGAGGGCGGGCAGUGCCGCGGCGUGCCCGCUCUUGCCACCGCCGCGGGCGGGACUCGCCGGGCGGGGGCUCGGCGGGGAAGGGGCCGGGGCGCGGCGGGAGCCCCAUUGGCUCUUCCCGGCAGCACAUGUUGCCGGCCCGGCUAUAAAGGCGGCCGCGCUGCAGCCCGUCCUUCUGCCUUCGCGUUUCUACAGGGACGCCAUCAGCUCCAGUGCCGCCGCCAUGGCCAUCGACGCGUUUUUGGGUAAAUGGUGCCUCGUCUCCAGCGAGGGCUUCGAGGAGUACAUGAAGGAGCUGGGUGUGGGUAUGGCCAUGAGAAAAAUGGGAAGCAUGGCCAAACCAGACGUUUACAUUAUUCAGGAUGGGGACACGAUCACCGUGAAAACAGAAAGCACCUUCAAAACUUCACAGUUCAGCUUCAAGCUUGGUGAGAAAUUUGAGGAAAAUACAUUAGAUGGCAGGAAAACUCAGACCCUUGUCAGCUUAAAAGAUGAUGGGUCAUUGAUUCAAGAGCAGGAAUGGGAUGGCAAGAAGACCACAAUAACAAGGAAGCUAGUGGAUGGACAGUUGGUGGUGGAGUGUGACAUGAAUGGUGUCAAGUGUGUUAGAGUCUACCAGAAGGCAUGAGGACAUCUUCAGGUUCAGUAGGAACUUGCUGCAAACAACUCAGUUCACUGGACAGAGCUCCUUUUCACUCCAUAUUUUCCUUUUCCCUGUUUUCUAGUAUUUCAAUGGACUGAGUAGCUGAGUGCAAUUCUUUUUAAUGGCCGUGAUGUAACUAUUAUGUAACUAUUCUGAACUUAGGCUAUUAAAUAAAAUUGUUGAAUAUAUGAAGUGGAAACAUUGUUACUAGUGGAAUUUUAAGUGAGGUUUCAAAAAAACCCGUUUUGGUUUUGGGCUCUACUACAAUCUGCCUUCAGCACAAAACAAGCCAAUAUAUCACAAACAUUCCUACUUUCUAAGAUAGUAAAAUUUGAAAUUGGAACAACUCCACAGCCCAAACUUUGAAUGUUUUUUCUAACUUCCAUAUUACAAAGUAACUAGAAUUGUGUGGGUAUAAAUAUGAGAUAAGCUAAAUUGGUGUUUAAAUAGAGGAAUGGAUUUUCAGGGUUAGUUUGGGGUUUCUUUGGUUUCAAACCCAUUGUUUCUUCAUAUAUAAUACCCACAGUCUUCUUAAUCUCAAGAUAUACCAGUAAGCCAAUGAACAUGAUAAAUUUAAGCAAGCACAUACACACUUUCUUGAAAGGAAGCCUUAUUUUAAGAAGACUUUUCCUAGCAAAACUCUUAUUCCAUGUCUAGUAACAUUCUAAAAAUUCUUAACCAAAAUUGCUGAAAUACUGCCUAAAACCUAAAGCCUCAUUUUUAUUUUUUUUUUAACUUGUUUGAGACACCUAGCAAUGGAGUAUAUAUGCUUUGAAGUGCCAUAAUAAAUAAUCAGAAAUAUCA